AUGUCGACUUCCGAGCCAACCCACACACCACGACUCUGUCCUUUCUCAGUCCAUGUCUACCCCAUUCCUCCGAUCAACCCGAAGACAUGUGCAUACGAGCGCCGCCAUUCCAACUCGGCCAAAUGCAACAACGCCUUGGUCUUCAUUGGUGGGCUGGGAAGUGGUCCGCAUACAACCCACUACCUUGGGCCCUUGAACGACGCUUUGGAGAGAGCGAGUUUGAAAGACGGAGCUGAUGUACAGUACAGUAUCUGGGAGCUGAGGAUGCGAAGUAGUUAUACAGGGUUCGGAUAUGGAAGCUUGAAGGAAGACGCUGAAGAUCUGAAGGGGUUGGUGCAGUAUCUGAAGGAGAUUGGGAUGAAGAAGAUUGUGUUGAUAGGGAGUUCAACUGGCGAGUCUAUCCCACUGAGACGAUAUGCUCUUCUUCGGGUUUCGCUAGUUAAUAACGAGCAACAAGGAUGCCAGGCCAUCAUGACAUACGCAACUACCCUGCCAGCGCCUCCUCCGGUUGACGGUUACAUCAUGCAAGCUCCAACUUCAGAUCGCGAAACCGCUGGACUUCUUAUGCCACAGGAUCUCCUAUCAGCCAGUCUCAAGCAUGCCGAAGCUCUCAUCGCUAAAGGUGAAGAAAAAACCAUCAUGCCCAAUUCCUUCAUUCCACCCAUCAUCACAUCUCCCAUAACAGCAUACCGCUGGCACUCUCUAAUCUCCUUUGGAGGCGACGACGACUUCUUCUCUUCUGAUAUACCAGUUUCCGCUCUCCAGUCCACAUUUGGCAAACUGGACAAGCCGACGUUGAUUCUGAUGUCAGAGAAGGACGAGAUGGUUCCCUCGACUGUAGACAAGAAAGCCUUACUGGAGAGGUGGGUUGAUCAGAUUCCAGAUGGUUUUGCGAGAAAGCAGUGUCAGGUUAUUCCAUUCGAUGCUGACCACGAGCUCUCUGGUGGUGAAGCAAUGUGGUACUUCAUCGAGACGGUUGUCAAGUUCCUCGAGGAAAUCGAUGAGAAACCAGCUGGAAAGACAUGA